AUGGAUCUUAAAGUUUCAGCGCAUGCAGAGUCCACACUCGUCACCUGGAAACGCCUCCAGAACUUCAAAAAAGGAAAAGAAGAGAUCAUACUCGAUGGAAACAGUCUUGAUAUCGCCUCUCUUGUCGCAGUCGCUCGAUAUGGCAUCAAGCCCACGAUCAGUCAAGACGAAGAACUCGCUCGCCGCAUCGCUCUAAGCGUAGAUGCUCUCGCCGAGUACUUAUCUCACAAAUACGUGGUCUACGGCGUCAACACUGGCUUCGGAGGAAGUGCAGAUGUGAGAACUGAUGACUGGUUGGAAAACCAGAUUGGCGUUCUUCAGCAUACCCAGAGCGCUAUCAUCACUUCCUCCGACAAGGAAUUGGGGAGUGAAACCUCUCAUGUCAUGCCUCGUGAGUGGGUUCGUGGUGCUAUAGUUGCUCGUGCGAACCAGAAUAUGCGCGGACAAAGUUCCGUGCGAUUAGAAGUGUUGGAGAGAUUGGUGAAGCUUCUCCAUCAUGAUAUCACACCUUUGGUUCCUAUUCGAGGCACGAUCUCGGCAUCUGGCGAUCUCAUGCCUAUGUCUUACAUUGCAGGAGCAGUUACGGGGAGCCCAGAUAUCUUUGUGCAGGUUGGCAAGGGCAAGUCAGCUAAAGUAAUGCCUUCGCAUGAAGCUCUUCAGCAGAGUGGCCUAUCGCCAAGCGGUCUUGGACCAAAAGAAGCUCUUGGUCUUAUCAAUGGGACUGCACCUUCUGCUUCUGUUGCAAGUAUUGUCAUGCAUGAAUCGCAGCAACUGGCUCUACUGGCCCAGGUAUUGACGGCAUUUGCGUCUGAAUCUAUGGGCGGUAAUGUUGAAUGGACAGCCCCUUUUAUCCACGCCGUACGACCGCACCCAGGUCAGAUCGAAGCAGCCACCAAUAUCAGAAGCUUCCUUCGCGGCUCAAAAUUCGUCGUCGGCUUGGAAGAUCGAAAAAGAACGGGAGAAGGGCUCUGGCAAGAUCGUUACUCAACUCGGACGAGCCCCCAGUGGAUCGGACCCUAUCUGGAAGAUCUGCUCCUUGCUCAGAGACAAAUAUCCAUCGAACUCAACUCUACAUCAGAUAACCCUCUGGUAGAUGCCUCAGAAAAGGAUGGAAAGGCGGUCGGUGAAGUGUACUCUGGCGGAAAUUUCCAAGCCGUCGCUAUCACCUCUGCCAUGGACAAAACACGUCUUGCUCUUCAGAUGAUAGGCCGUAUGCUCUUCUCCCAAGUCAGCGAAAUGAUCAACCCCUCAACCAACAAUGGUCUUGAAGCCAACUUGAACGUGAGCGACAAAGAGAACUUUACUAUGAAAGGCAUCGACGUUAAUAUGUCUGCUUACAUGUCUGAGUUAGCUGCUCUCGCGCAUCCGGUUUCGUCGCAUGUCAUGUCUGCUGAGAUGCAUAACCAAGGUAUCAACUCACUUGCUUUACUCUCAGCUCGUCGAACUACGGAGGCAGCGGAUAUUGUGACUCAUAUGUGUGCCUGUCACAUCUAUGUCUCUUGCCAAGCAGUUGAACUUCGAGCUAGCCAUCAGCUGUUCUUGGAGACUCUUCAUGAUAAAGUGCUUCUCAACAAGACAAAGAAUGGGCCUUUCCAUACUUUUGGUUUAGACGAAGCAGCUAUCGAGAAGUUGGGUGAAUCAGUCUUUCCGGUCGUUGAGAAGGUAUGGUAUGGGAAUAAUGCUGGUUGCUGGAAAGACCGUGUUCUUCCUACAGUCGACGCUGUAAUGGCGCCUGUUACGCAGUCCCUGACUUCUGAAGAGGUCGACUGUCCCAUCUCCAGCCUUGCAGUAUUCCGCGGCCACUUUCACAAAUCUGUCGUCGAAGUUGCUUCGUCUACAUUUUAUCCCAACAUGGCAAUCCGACCUGCCGAUGUAGCUACCAAGUUGGGUGACGGCACUGUUCCCUUGUACGCCUGGGUUCGUUCAAAGCUGGGAGUUCCGACGCAGUGUGGCAUUGACGACGAUCCUCUAUACAAUGCUCAGAAGGGACUACUCACCAAGGACAAGAAGACUAUCGGAAGCUGGGUGAGCAUGGUAUAUGAGAGCUUAAAGGACGACAUGAUGGAUGUGGUCAUGGAGGGUAUUGCGAACAGUCGAGAGGGCCCGAAGACCGAAGAUGAGUAUAAGAAGCUUUGCCAGGAUCUGGAGGCGAUGACCUAA